AUGGACUUCGACGAGCACGACGACGGCGACGGCGACGAGGACAUGACGCCGAUGCCCGUGACCUCGAGCUACGACGCGCCGAUGCAGCCGGGGCUGGGACCGGGCGGCGGCGGCGGGACCCCAAAGCCUGGGGACUCCGGAGGCGGGAGCUUCAGGACGCCAGGUGGCGGCGGCGGCGGGGGCGCGAGGUAUCGGGAGUGCCUCAAGAACCACGCUGUCGGCAUCGGCGGCCACGCCGUCGACGGCUGCGGCGAGUUCAUGGCCGCGGGCGAGGAAGGCUCCAUCGACGCGCUCCGCUGCGCGGCCUGCGGCUGCCACCGCAACUUCCACCGCAAGGAGUCCGACUCGCCCACGGGCGGCGCCUCGCCGGCCGAUCCCACCGCCGCCCUGUCCCCGGCCGCCAUCACCGCCUACGGCGCCGCGGCGCACCACCACCCGUUCUCCGCCUACUACCGCACGCCCGCCGGGUACCUCCUCCACCCGCACCAGCAGCUGGCAGCCGCGGCCGCGGGGCACAUGCAGCGCCCGCUCGCGCUCCCGUCCACCUCCCACUCGGGGCGCGACGAGGGCGACGACAUGGCCGGGCUGAUCGGCCCCAUGAUGGUGGCGCCCAUGGUGGGCAUGUCCCUGGGCUCCGGCGGCGGUCCGUCAGGGUGCGGCGGGUCCGGUUCCGGCAAGAAGCGGUUCCGCACCAAGUUCACGCAGGAGCAGAAGGACCGGAUGCUGGCGUUCGCGGAGCAGCUCGGGUGGCGCAUCCAGAAGCACGACGAGGCCGCCGUGCAGCAAUUCUGCGAGGAGGUCGGCGUCAAGCGCCAGGUGCUCAAGGUCUGGAUGCACAACAACAAGCACACCCUGGGCAAGAAGCCAUGAUCCCUCCCCGCCGCCGGCGCCUGUGCUAGCUAGGUACACUGCCACCGAUCGCAUUGCAUCAUCGAUCUCCCCAGCAGCUUAGCCUUUUUC